AGCAAAAAUGUUUAUUAAAGUUAAAUUACAACAAAGUUAUAACUUUAUAGUCUAGAUAUAGCAAACUAAACAUUGACACGUAGAGAAUAGUAGACUGUUUGGUUAUAGCAGCGUGUUUAUCAGCUAUAAGGUAAAGGGUGUGACAUCUGUUCAAGUGUACUCUGACACACAAAAAAACCUAAACCAGUUCUUAGGAUCUCAGCAUGACUGAUUCACAUUCAGUGUUCAGUUUAAGGUUCUUGUAAUCUCUAACCGUAACCCGAAUACCAAUGUAUGUUGUGCUGGAGCAGAAACCCCGGAGGACUUGUCAGUACAGGACUGAGAUCAGACGUUGAUAGAGAUGAAGUUCAUUUAUGUGAUUUUACUGAGUGUUACUGGAAUUACGCAUUUAAAAGCAGAUGAUUUUGUUUUAGUUGGACCUGUAGGUCCUGUGAUGGGUGUAUCUGGUGAAGAUGUGAUUCUGCCCUGUUCUCUUAAAAACAACAUCAGUGCUGUGGACAUGAGAGUCGAGUGGUUUAGACUUGAUCUCAAAGGAUCAGUGGUUCAUCUCUAUAAAGAUCAUGAAGAUAAAAACACAGAUCAACUUCGCUCCUAUAGAGGAAGAACGCAACUGUUUAAAGAGGAACUACAGAAAGGAAACACAUCACUUAAACUCUCAAAAGUCGACAUGUCCGAUGAGGGAGAUUAUAAAUGUUUCGUUCAGUCGGAAUCCCGGUAUGAUGACAUCACUCUUAAUCUCAAAGUUGAAGAUCAAAGUCACUCUGGGAAGACAACAGCGAUCCUCGUCUCAGUUUUUGUUCUGCUCUGUCUGAUCGGUGGAAUACUGAUUGCUUUCUUUAUCCGUAAAAAGAAAGAGCUACAGCGUAAGAAAGAAAGUGCAGAGCAGAAAAUACAGUAUGAAAACAGGAAAAUAAAUAACGAACGUGAGAAACUCUUACAGAAAGAGAACAUGACUGUAGAAAGAGAGAUCGCAUUGUUGAGAAAAUACGCAGUGAAUGUGACUCUGGAUCCUGAUUCGGCUCAUCCACGUCUCGUUGUGUCUCCUGAUGAGAAACAAGUGAGAUUUAAAGAACAAACAACAGUGGAGGAGGGAGACGCAAAGCAAAAUAACAAGUUUGAUACACGUCAUUGUGUUCUUGGAAAGGAAGGAUUCACCACCGGAUCUUUUUACUUUGAGGUUAAGGUGAAGGGUUUACCUGCAUGGCAUCUAGGUGUGGCCAAAGAGUCUGCUAACAGAAAGGGCUCCAUCAAUUUCAGUCCUCAGCACGGAUACUGGGCUGUGCGUAUAAGAGACAAAGCGUUGGAGAAAUGUACAAAUCCAUUGAAUCCUCCUCCUCUAAGUGAAGAGCCUCAGACGGUCGGGGUGUUUGUGGAUUAUGAGGCGGGUCGGGUCUCGUUUUAUGAUGUGGACUCUAAGCGUCAUAUCAACUCCUUUACUGAGCAGAAAUUUGAUGAGAAACUGUAUCCUAUGUUUUAUUUGGGUCAACAGUUGUCUGAAGACCCUGCACCACUCAUCAUUUGGGAUCUCUCGUGAUAAAAAUAAAAUUCCUACAGGGUGAGGAAAUCCCAAAGUGGGACUUUCUACAACUUGACUGUACAGUAGAUGUGAAGCUCCGUAACAUGACAAACACAUUAAUCACAGUCAAGUCAGUAUUGUGGACAAAGCAACAAAAGAUUUAUUGUUGAGGUUUACAGCUGAGGAUGCAGAGAUGUCGACUAGAUGAACUGAGGACAUGAGGAAAGUCCAGUUGACUCUUUGUGAAUAAUUUUGUUGAAUAUACACUGAAGUUGUUGAGACAUUUCAGCUUUAAAUAACAGGGAAAAUCCUUUCCUGAUGGAUGAAGAGAUGAAGUGCUGAAUCUUGUGACACUUCAUAUGAGACACAUGUUUUUACUGCUCUUGUUUAUUGUGAUGAUUGGGUAUUCAAACUAUACUGUAUAUUUUAUCAGUAUGUGCACAUCCUUGAGAAUUGAACCCAUGAUGUCGGUGUUGCGAGCAUUGUGUCCUACUGUUGUAAAUGUCUGUGUUAGUUUCAGUGAACACUGUACAGUGCCCUCCACAAUUAUUGGCACCCCUGUUUAAUAUGUGGUCGUGGAC